AUACUGGCGAGUCGCAACCGGGCCAAUAUAAGGAGCCGCGCGGGCCCUGGUCAACACAGUCACUCGCAGAGGCGUGUUCUAGUGAGAGAGUGUGAGGUGCUACGGACUUUGCUACACUCCUGGAGAUAUUUUAAGAAUGCGUUCACUGGUCGUGUUGGUGACGGUGUUGGCAGCAGCCACUGCCAUACCGAGGGAACGUCGACAAGCUGAACCAGACUGCUUCUGGUGGGAACCCGAUUGCAACAACCCAGUCGACCCUGGCGGAAAUACAUCUCCUGUACCAAAUAACACUGUGGAUACACUCGUCCUGUGCAACGGCGGCGCGGGCAGUUGUGUGCCCUACUAUUUGUGUCGGGAGGGAGACAUCGUUACCGAUGGUGCAGGACUCAUCAACAUCAGGUUUGGGAACUCUACCACCGGACAAUCCAACUCGGACUGUCCACAGUUUUUGGAUGUGUGCUGCAACAACCCUACAGACGAAAUACCACCCACGGUCGAUCCAUACCUUCCCCACUGUGGUCAACGCAAUCCUCAGGGAGUUAACGCUCGCAUCCUCGGCUUCAAAGACAACCAGGCACAAUUUGGUGAAUUCCCGUGGAUGGUUGCGGUGCUGCGGGAGGAGCAGGUGGUUUCUGACAAACCUGUCAAUCUGUACGUAUGUGGAGGCUCCCUGAUCCACCCGUCCGUGGUGCUCACCGCCGCCCACUGCGUCGCCGCCUAUAAAGCUAACGAACUAAAGAUUCGUGCUGGUGAAUGGGACACCCAGCGUACCUACGAACUUUACCCUCAUCAGGAAAGCAAAGUUAACUCUUAUGUUGUCCACGAAGGUUACAACUCGGGUGCGCUCUUCAAUGAUUAUGCUCUCUUGUUCCUGGAGCAAAGUCUUGAGCUUGGGCCCAACGUGGACACUAUCUGUCUUCCCACUGCAGACCUGAAUUUCCAAAAUUCCCAGUGUUGGGCUACAGGCUGGGGCAAGGACAAGUUUGGAAAGGAUGGAACAUUCCAAAACGUUUUGAAGAAGAUCCAACUGGAAGUUACGACACAUAAACAUUGCCAAACUGCUCUAAGAACCACAAGACUGGGCAAGUUCUUUGUACUUGACGAUUCGUUCAUUUGCGCCGGAGGUCAACCUGGUGUGGACACCUGCAAAGGCGACGGUGGUUCCCCAUUGGUAUGUCAAGACCCUCAAGAUCCCAGUAGGUACGUCCAGGCCGGCAUCGUGGCAUGGGGCAUUGGUUGUGGUGAAGAGGGCAUCCCCGGAGUGUACGCCAAUAUACCUUACGGUAGCCAAUGGAUCCUGGAAAAUGCUGUUUCAGGAUUAAAUAAACAGAAUAUCCCAGUCGGGAGUUACUGGUAGUAUAUUAUGUAACAUAUCUACCGUCAUUUUAAAAUUCAUUUUAACGUAAGUUCUGUCGUUAUGCCAGUUUGUUAACCAUCCAACACAAACUUGUCUUGUGACCAUAAAUAUAAAGUUACUUCAAAACUUUUUGCGACAAUAAUCUACACGCACUGUAAGUUGCUGGUGAUAGAAGCAACCCAGUGUAAGACCAUGUUUAGUCUCGCUCAUUUGGGAACCACGGGGAAAAAAAAACAAGGAACGGCAGCAGGAGAAAAUAAGGGUUACAAAAAGUUUCAUUCAUCAAGUGUGUCUCGCCGUAGUGAUUACUGCUGACCUACAGUAACCUUAAUGUCGACUCCUGAAGCUUAUCGCUGUUGACCUCAGUGUGCCCACGCUUAAUAGACCUUUUGUAAGUACUGUUAGUCCUGUGCUUUUGUAUUUAAAUUUCAUAUAUUUAUGUAAAUAAAUUAUAAAUAAA